CAGAGCGGCGCGCUUUGAAUGAACGCCGGGAGAAGCCGGAGACAGAGAGGGGCGGGCUUACUUACACCUUUCAGUGGGAAACCUCUGUUCAAAAAGCUACCAACGUCCCCCUUGUGAAGAGAGCCUGCUUUCUGCUGCUUUCACUACAACUCAACAAGAGAGACGACAAAAGAAGCCCCGAAAUGUGCUUCUCCACAUGCGGGAUAGCAGUUUAUAUUUGUUGACUCAGAAGUUUAAACUGCGCUGAAGAUUGAGACAGACUGCACUAAAAAAAAAAAAGAAGAAGAAGGAAAAAAGAAAACAGCCUACAAGUCGUGCAGGUGGUGAACCACACGUUGAUCACACCGAGACUCACCAUCCAGACCUCCUCGUCUCACCUGAGCCUCACAGGAAAGGUUAAAAUGUCCGUGGAGAGUUACUCGGCGCUGGAUGAGACCUCUCUCCGAGCCCUGCUGGACGGAACCGUGGAUCUGGACGAGAGGCGUCUCAUCCGUUCAGCCAUCCGGGACUUGAGGAGGCGUGAGAUCGAGGACAUGGAAGCCGCUUUGGCCAGCAAGAGGUUUCGACCCACGCGCCUCAAACAGCAGGAGGACAAGGAGAAUCAGCACAGGUCAGAAUCAAGCGACAACUUGGACGUCUUGUCACGAAAACUGCAAUCAAUCCAGGACAUCGAUGAGCUCACUAAGAUGCUCCGCGCCGCCGGCGAGUACGAGGAGAGGAAGAUGAUCCGAGCAGCCAUCCGACAAAUCCGAGAUGAACAGCAGCAAGGGACUGUGGAGCGGACUAAAGCUCCCAGUUGCUGCCUGGAGCCUGAGAGUGUGGAGUCUCAAAGCAGCAUGGGAACUGGGGAGACAGAGCGGGAGAGUCACAGUGAGCGCGAACGUAUCAGAUCUCAGAUCCGAGAGUUACGCGGCCAACAGACACAACAAAGCAGAGAGCUGCAGCGACUAGGCUCUAAUUCAGGCGGCAUGGUGUUGGUUCUCGAUCACCUGGUGAAGGAUGAUAGCUCUGGACCUCUGUUGAUCCAGCCUCCAAGAGAGGCUGUGACCUCAGAGCCUGACAUGGUCCUGUCUCAUCGGCAAAGAUCCGACUCUUCAGCUUCAGACCGCAGUGUGACCUCAGGGCUUUCCAGGUCCAAUCUGGAUCCUGUAGUCUCAGAGAAGAGUCUGGGCUCGGCCUACAGAUCCCGGCUGGACUCUGGAGCCUCAGACAGGAGUCAGAGCCCCUCCCAGCGGGGUCGGCUAGACUCUGGGGCAUCAGAGCGAAGCGUCAGUUCCCAGUCCAACGUCAGACAGAGACUGGGCUCAGAUGUCUCAGACUCUGGCGUCAGACCCCGUUUUGGCUCUGGGGCUUCAGACAGUGUUGGUCUUUUGUCAAGAAAACGUACUGACUCUGGGACAUCUGACCAGAGUGUGAGUAUGUCCUCUGAAGAGAGGGGUCCAGCAGAGGAAGUAGAAGUAGCCACAAGUGGUUCAACUUACAGCACAGAUUCAGAAAGUGAGAGCAAAAGCCACGGCCCAGAAAACCUCCAGGCUCCAGAGUCCAACCAGGACAGCAUCAUUGACCAGGAGCAGCCUGAUGGGGCCGUUUUAUCUUGCAAAGAUCCGGCAAAUGGUCUGCUCAAUGGCAACGCCAAAGGAAAAACUGACUUCCAGGAACAAAAGAUAAUAACUAACAGCGAUCCACCCGUCUCUCACGUCAAAGCAAAAGAUUCUGCACCUGAGAAGAAAGAUGUUGUAUUGGAACAAUUCAACCGCACCAACUCUGUACGUGACCGAAUGCGCAAGUUCACAGAGUCCAAUCAGACCCCAAAUGUCCCAGCUUUGAAGAAAGCUCCUCUGAGGAAUGGGAUCAUCUCCGGCAGCGGAGGUCAUACAAACUUCUCCAGAGCUACUGAGCUGUUUACACACACAGCAGCAUCCCUCAGCACAUCUGGAGACCGGCCAGCGAGGCCACAUGGUGACUCCACGUCUCACACCUCUGCCGCAUCCCAGAGUCACGCAACACCUCAGCCAAGAGGUGUGGCCAACAAACCUCUGUCUUCAGCCGGCCAAUGGCAGAACUCCAUGGGUGGGACGAGGCAUCCAGCUGAAAAAGAUGUGCACGCCUCCAGUAACUCCAAGGAAGACAGGACCCCAGGGAGAGAGGCUGAACAGCAGGUCACUCAGGGAGAGGAAGACCCAGACAUGAAGACUUUCCUCACGAUUGAGAUCAAGGAUGGGCGCACCACCACCUCCUCUGCAUCCUCUGCUAGGGGCAACAUCGUACCUAUCUCCACCAUGACCCCACGCAUCAACACCAAUGCUCUGGGACAGAGCAGACCAGAGUUGACCCUUGGCCUCAGAGCAACACCAUUCAAGAUCUCCUCAUCCAGCCUCUCCUCUGGAUCCUCCGUCAAGAUGGAGACAGAGCCUGUUGUGGCCUCUGAGCCGGUGUUUUCAGUUGGACCGUCCGCCCAGGUGCCGUGUCACGUCCCAGCCAUCCCCAACGGCUCCGGCUCUCAGGCCAAACCUAACGAAAGCUCCGGAAAACUGACUGAGGAACAGCUGGCUGCUAUCGAGGAUGAAGAGCUCCUUGAUAAAAUGCUCGAUGAGUCAAAAGACUUUGAGGAGAGAAGGCUGAUCCGUGCAGCAAUGAGAGACCUUCGUAAGAAAAAGAGAGAGGCCAAGCUGGGAUGUACUCAAGAAGAAAUGGGUAGGCCAGAUCAGAGAGAAAAGGAGCGUGAGGCUCGUCUUCAGGAGCUCCGGCAGCAGAGAGAAGAGCGAACGCAGAAGGGUCGCGCUGGGGCCGGAGCAGGAGAGGUGAUGAUGAGAAAGGUGGAGAAGUCAGCAGAUGGCUCAAGCCUCAGCCAAGUCACCAAGACAGACCGCUUCGCACAGUCUGAUGAUGGGAGCAGAUCAUCACGCAGUACUGUCGUCGAGGCCAGUUAUGUGCAGAAAACGGACAGAGGGACAGUCCAGUCAAAAUCUUAUAGUUUCAGCUCUUCCACAUCCUCCUCCUCCUCUAACGCAAGCAAAAAAGUGGGCAGCGUGUUUGAUCGCGAGGAUGACACAUCAUCUCGCAGUGGUGGUUUAGCCGCCAUCGAGCGAAGGCAGGCGGAGAGACGCAAGGAGCUGAUGAGGGCUCAGACUAUGCCGAAGACGUCCGCCAUGCAGGCCCGCAAAGCCAUGAUAGAGAAGUUUGAGAAGGACGGAGGCGGCCCUGGAAAUCAAGCAGUCGCCAAGGUAAACAGGGUCCAGCGUUCCACCAGCUUUGGUGUACCCAAUGCAAACUCAAUCAAGCAGAUGCUGCUCGACUGGUGUCGUGCCAAGACCCGCUCAUAUGAGCAUGUGGAUAUUCAGAAUUUUUCAUCCAGCUGGAGUAAUGGUAUGGCGUUUUGUGCCCUGGUGCACAAUUUUUUCCCUGAAGCCUUUGACUACAGCUCCCUGAGCCCCAGCAACCGCAGGCAAAACUUUGAGGUGGCCUUCAGCAAUGCCGAGACCUACGCCAACUGCAUGCCUUUGCUGGAAGUGGAGGACAUGAUGAUCAUGGGUAAUAAACCCGACUCCAAAUGCGUCUUCACCUACGUGCAGUCUCUCGUCAACCACCUUCGCAGAUACGAGAUGUCCAUGGGUCGACCCUGUGACCUCAUUCAGCCUUGACUCACCCUCCUCAGCUCCAUCUUCACCCUGUCAGGCUGGGUCACAGAGUUGCACAUCUCUGAUUGUUGGGGAUUGUGUGUGCGUGUGUGUGUGCGUGCGCGUGUGUGUUUGUGUAUCAGUUUGCUUAUUAUUUUUGUUGGCAGUGGUGAUGUGCAUUCAUUACUUCAGUUGGACACACUUUGUUCAAACAAAGUCCACGUCUCUCCAGCGAAAGAGCGCCAAAGUUUUCAUAAGAAAUCCUUUUAAGCUUUAAAAUUUUCCUCUUUUUUUUGCAAGUCAGCUGAUAUUUAAUGUGCAGUGGCUAUGUCACUACGAUAGUGUACUGAAAAAUACAUCAAGAGAGAAAAGAGAAAUAUUUUUAUAGUAUUUCCCUUUUUAAUUUAUUUAUAUCUACAUUUUUCUCUGCUUCACUUUUGUAAUUAUUAUAAUUUGCUACCAUUGCUGUCAGUAAGUCCACUGAAGACGAAAAAAAUAUACCUAACCACAUGAUUUAUUAUUUGGUUUUCAUUUCGGUACUUUUAUUUUUAACAAACUCGGGUUGCUUGAUGCAUUUUAAUUAACUUAUUAUUCUUGUGUCGAUGUAAUCAGUUACCAUAUUAAUAUUUAAUACACGAGCAGAGGGGUGUUCUUCAUCUUUCAGAUGGAUGCAGCAUUAAUAUUGUUGCUUUCUGUGCUACUGAGAACAUUUUUUAACAUUGUGCCUCCUCCUGUAUUACUGUAUCAUCAUAAUAUUAUUCUCACAGCACAGAUGCUCACAGUCCAACAGAUUUUGCGCUGCCCGACUGACAGCAUAUGUACAAAAACAACCUCACAGCAAUGCUGCCAUCAUUGCCGAGCAUCACUGCCUCGCCCUAACAAACACACUCACACACAGCUCUUUUAGAGGGCUCCUUAUUAAUGCUUGAGUAGAUGUUUUUGAAAUGUUGUUUUUCUUUAGUGUGUACAUUAUGCUUAAGUUUUCUAGUUGAUAAGCUCAAGCUACCAUGAUUUAUUGUUUUUUUUCUUUUGUGAAAGAAAUUUGGGGGUCAUAUUCUGAGUAAGUUUAAGGCCUGAUGAAAGCUGGCUUUCUGUUUAAAGUUUAUAAGUAAUCAGGACUUAACACGACUGCCAAUUGUAUAUUUUACAACAUGAAGCUAAGGAAAAAUUUUAAAUGAAGAUUUUUAUUCAGCUUGUAAACUUCAAAAAGGUUCCUUUUUGAGAAGAUGUUUAAAAUCCGACCAGAGUUGAAAUGUUAUUUCUUAAAAGUUCAGUUUUAGUAGAUUUAAAGAAAUUACUUGAGAAUUAUUGCUGCCACUGCUGCCAGCCGAAAAACGAAUACCUUCCACGAAGCAGUGAGUGCUGUACAUAAGAACUUAAACACAUUAUAAUUUCAUGUUUCUGUGCACCACACAUAAAUGUGAAUUAAAACCAAUUUGAGAAAUGAA